AUGGUUCAAAAUGGAAAGUAGAAUUUCUAUUUUAGACAAUUAUUUACAAGCCUUACUUGCUAUUCUACACAAUGCACCUGCAUAUAAAGACCAUAAAGCAAAGUUUAUGUAUAUCAAUACAGCUAGUUCAUUAUUUAUUUUUUUAUUAUUGAAAAUAUCAAAUCCAAAGAAGAAUACUAGUUGCAAAAUUAACAUUGGAUAAACUCUACCAAACAGCUUAUAUAGUAGCACUCCCUAUACAGAAAAUAGGUAGUUUUUGAAUUUAUAACUUAAAAAAUCAAGUUGUAUUAUAUCAAGACAUAGAAUCCAAAUAUUUGUCUGCUAGCCAUACUUAGUAAAUUUUAGUAUUAUCAAAACCAACUUUUCGAUUGCAUACAAGACCCAAAAAAAAAUAAAAUAUCCUAAAAAUCCGUUUAUUAAUAGCUAUAUUGA